AUUUUGAUUCAAAUCAACAAUAUUUCGGUUUAUCACAAGAGGCAUUAUCUGUCAAUGAACGAUCGUCGUUGAUUGCACAUGAUCAUGAUUUUAUGGAUAGUCCGAAAGAACACGAUAUCUAUUUUACAAGACAUUGUUCGAAUAAUUUAUCAACUGUUUAUCAUCCUCUUUCAAUUCCUCAACCAAAAAUUGGUGAUAAUGAUCAUCUAUUAGCACGUUUCAAUGGACUUUGGGUAGGAUAUAAAAUUUCUUUUGCAGCUACACAUCCUAUUGAAGUUGAUUCAGGUUCUUCAAUAUGUUAUGAAGGCAUUGGACAAAUUGCAAAUACAGGUUAUAUUGAUGCGCAAUUCAUACGUACAAAAAUAAUUCUAAUAUCAGACGAUGCAUUAAAAGUUACUUGUGAACCAGUCGUGGCAGUUGACACCACUACCACAAAUCAAGAUGCCAUGCUGUCCCAACGUGUCCAUCGGGUUCUACAAAAUUAUCUUCUCGUAUGGCUCGAUGCUAAUAUGGAUGAAUCAAAGAAAGAUUUUAAAAAUGCAUUGAAACGUCUCCGGCAUAUUGUAACAUCAAUUACAAUCUUUACCAAUGCCCGACAAUGCAUAGAUUUUAUUCGUGAAAUUAAUAAUGAAAAAGUAUUCAUGAUUGUAUCUGGCUCACUGGGACAACAUAUAUUACCGACAAUUCAUGAAUGGCCACAAUUAGAUUCAGUUUACGUCUUCUGUAGAAAGCAAUCCGUUCAUGAACAAUGGGCCAAGACAAUGUCAAAGGUAAAGGGUGUCCAUAAUCAUGCCAAGUUAAUUUGUGAAGCAUUACAAAUCGAUUGUGAACGAUGUGAUCAAGCAAUGAUUUCAAUGAGUUUUCGUGGUAUUGAUGUAUCGUUUAUGUACACACAAUUAUUUAAGGAAGCUUUUUUGAAAAUUGAUUAUGACGAUACUAAAUCCAUCCAAGAACUUGUUGAGUAUUGCCGUCUUCAAGAUGAUAUUCCUGAAGACGAAAUUAAAAAGAUCGAACAAAACUAUCGUGAUCAUACACCCAUUUGGUGGUAUACAGCUCCAUAUUUUAUUUAUUCGAUGCUCAAUCGAGGUCUUCGAACGCUUGAUAUCGAUAUUAUACUAAAAAUAGGCUUCUUCAUUCGACAUCUAUAUGAAGAUAUUGAAAAGCAAUAUCAUGAACAACAAUCAACAUCAGCAAGAGCAACAAGUAUAUUUGAAGUGUAUCGAGGUCAGGUAGUAUUGAUCAAGGAACAGAGUGGAACUUUGAAACAUGUUAAUGGUAUUUUUCACAACGCUUCAUAA